CUCCAAUGAGCGCGGUGCCGAUUGGGCCGCCGGGUUUGGCGCUCGGUCCGGGAGGGUGAAUCCGGCGGCCGGAGGCAGAGAGGAGCGGAGAGGGGACCCGGAGGCGGCAGCACCGGCGGGGGUUGGGGGGUGUCCAUAUCAAAUUGGGAGCCUCUGGAAUGUUUAUUUGUGGUAACCAGAAAGCAUGUUGUGAAGGGAUAAUCAUGGGGCAGACCGGAAAGAAAUCUGAAAAGGGACCAGUUUGUUGGCGGAAGCGUGUAAAAUCAGAAUACAUGCGACUGAGGCAGCUGAAGAGGUUCCGCCGGGCAGAUGAAGUUAAGAGUAUGUUUAAUUCUAAUCGUCAGAAGAUACUGGAAAGAACAGAAAUCUUAAAUCAAGAAUGGAAACAACGUAGGAUACAGCCUGUACACAUCAUGACUUCUGUGAGCUCAUUGCGUGGGACCAGGGAGUGCUCUGUUACCAGUGACUUAGAUUUUCCAAAACAAAUCAUCCCACUCAAGACUCUGAAUGCUGUUGCUUCAGUGCCCAUAAUGUAUUCUUGGUCUCCCCUUCAGCAAAAUUUUAUGGUAGAGGAUGAAACGGUUUUACAUAACAUUCCUUACAUGGGAGAUGAAGUGCUUGACCAGGAUGGAACCUUUAUUGAAGAACUGAUCAAGAACUAUGAUGGAAAAGUACAUGGAGACAGAGAAUGCGGAUUUAUCAAUGAUGAGAUAUUUGUAGAGCUGGUAAAUGCACUUGGUCAAUAUAGUGAUGAUGAUGAAGAUGAUGAUGGAGAUGACAAUCCUGAUGAGCAAGAUGAAAAACAGAAAGAUCGAGAAGGCAACAGAAUGGACAAAGAGAGCCAUCCACCUCGGAAGUUUCCUUCUGACAAGAUAUUUGAAGCCAUUUCCUCGAUGUUUCCGGACAAGGGUACAGCAGAGGAAUUGAAGGAAAAAUACAAAGAACUCACAGAGCAGCAGCUGCCAGGAGCUCUUCCUCCUGAGUGCACACCAAACAUAGAUGGACCAAAUGCAAAAUCUGUUCAGAGGGAGCAGAGUCUGCACUCCUUUCAUACUCUCUUCUGUAGGCGCUGUUUUAAAUAUGACUGCUUCUUACAUCCAUUCCACGCAACUCCUAACACUUACAAACGGAAGAAUACAGAAACAGCAAUAGAUAAUAAACCUUGUGGACAGCAUUGUUAUCAGCAUCUGGAAGGCGCAAAGGAGUUUGCAGCUGCUCUGACUGCUGAGCGAAUAAAGACACCGCCAAAGCGCCCAGGUGGCCGCCGAAGAGGAAGACUUCCAAAUAACACCAGCAGGCCCAGCACACCUACAAUAAAUGUGUUGGAAUCAAAGGACACGGAUAGUGACAGGGAAGCAGGAGCAGAAACUGGAGGUGAAAAUAAUGAUAAAGAGGAAGAGGAGAAGAAAGAUGAAACAUCCAGUUCCUCUGAGGCAAAUUCCAGGUGUCAGACACCAAUAAAGAUGAAGCCAAAUACUGAGCCUCCUGAGAACGUGGAAUGGAGUGGUGCAGAAGCCUCGAUGUUCAGAGUUCUCAUUGGCACCUACUAUGACAACUUCUGUGCAAUUGCUAGAUUAAUUGGGACCAAAACAUGCAGGCAGGUGUAUGAGUUUAGAGUAAAAGAAUCUAGUAUUAUUGCUCCAGUUCCUGCUGAAGAUGUUGAUACUCCUCCAAGAAAGAAGAAGAGGAAGCACAGGUUGUGGGCUGCUCAUUGCAGAAAGAUACAGCUGAAAAAGGAUGGGUCCUCUAAUCAUGUUUACAACUACCAGCCAUGUGAUCAUCCUCGUCAGCCUUGUGACAGCUCAUGUCCUUGUGUAAUUGCUCAGAACUUUUGUGAGAAGUUUUGUCAGUGCAGCUCAGAAUGCCAAAACAGGUUUCCUGGAUGCCGCUGCAAAGCACAGUGCAACACUAAGCAGUGUCCAUGCUAUCUGGCUGUACGUGAAUGUGAUCCAGACCUCUGUCUAACAUGUGGAGCAGCCGAUCACUGGGACAGCAAAAACGUGUCUUGCAAGAACUGCAGCAUUCAGAGGGGAUCCAAAAAGCAUUUGCUGUUGGCACCUUCAGAUGUGGCAGGCUGGGGAAUUUUCAUCAAAGAUCCUGUACAGAAGAAUGAAUUCAUCUCUGAGUACUGUGGUGAGAUUAUUUCUCAGGAUGAGGCAGACAGAAGAGGGAAGGUAUAUGACAAGUACAUGUGCAGCUUUCUGUUCAAUUUGAAUAAUGAUUUUGUGGUUGAUGCAACACGCAAGGGUAACAAAAUCCGCUUUGCAAACCAUUCAGUAAAUCCCAACUGCUAUGCAAAAGUUAUGAUGGUUAAUGGAGAUCACAGAAUAGGUAUAUUUGCUAAGAGAGCCAUUCAGACUGGUGAAGAGCUGUUUUUUGACUACAGAUAUAGCCAGGCUGAUGCACUGAAAUAUGUAGGCAUUGAAAGAGAAAUGGAAAUCCCUUGAUACCAGCUACCUCUACUUUUGAACAGCUGCCUUAUCUCCAGGAAUUUUCUAGUACUGUGGGCAAUUUUAGAAAAAUGAUGCAAUUUGAAAUUCUGAUUUGCAAAGUACUGUACCAGUAAUUUAUAGUAACAAAUUUCAAAAUCAAUUUAUUGCCUUCUCACUAGCUGCAAAGUGUUUUGUACCAAUGAACUUUUGCAAUAAUGCGAUGUGGUACAUUUUUCAACCUUGAAUAAAGGAUACUUGAACUUCUU